AACUCGUUCGUUAAGUAACGUUGGAACCAUGUCUGGAAGAGGAAAGGGAGGCAAAGGAUUGGGGAAAGGAGGCGCCAAGCGUCACCGCAAAGUUCUCCGUGAUAACAUCCAGGGCAUCACCAAGCCUGCUAUCCGCCGUCUGGCUCGCCGUGGUGGUGUCAAGCGUAUCUCCGGUUUAAUCUAUGAGGAGACUCGCGGUGUUCUUAAGGUGUUUCUGGAGAACGUCAUCCGUGAUGCCGUCACCUACACUGAGCAUGCCAAGAGGAAGACCGUGACCGCCAUGGAUGUGGUGUACGCCCUUAAGAGACAAGGACGUACUCUGUACGGUUUCGGAGGCUAAAUACUUACAUUGUACAACGAAAAACAAAGGUCCUUUUCAGGACCACACACGUUUUCUACUGAAAGCUUGCAUUCCGGUGUGUGUGUCUAUAACGUAACCACAAUACAUUAUAUUAAGUACAGCGACUCCCAUUGCGGAUAAAAAUAGUAAUUUUUAAACAUAA